AUGUCGAACGAGGUUACCACAAUUUUCAGCGAGGAUGCCUUCCAGGCUCCGGCAAACUUCUGUAAGACUUCGGCCCGGGCACGAUCAGUGAGGAUCAUUAUAACAUCUCUGACAUUCCAAUAUUUGCUUGUAGCACACGCUAGAAUAUUCAAUGGAAUUGUCUACGCAUCUGGCCAGAUACCUCUGAACACUAGCGGCAAGAUCGUGGGCGAUACCAUCGAGGAGCAGACGGAGCAAGUGCUUAAAAACCAUCUGGCUAUUUUGAAGGCUGCUGGUUCUAGUCCGGAGAGGAUUCUCCGCAUCAACGUUUAUCUCGUCAAUACUGAAGACUACAACGGAUUUAGCACCACAUAUAACCAAAUGAUUCCUGACCCUAAACCUCCUCGUGGAUGCAUUUUCGUUAAGGCGCUUCCGGCAGGUGCUAGAGUUGAGAUGGAUCUCGUUGCCGCCACUUAG